UGCCUUAUAGUUUUUUUUCGGUACAACAGCGAAGGAGUGAACACUACCUGAGUAUUGUUGUGCAAAUCUUUAGGCAUCGGCCCUAAUUUUUAUUGUUUUCUGUUAUUUGGUGAGUCCAUUUAACGCAUCCAGUUAUAUAUCAGUUUUUGUGGCUGGUAGUUUCCUCCUCUUGGCCCUCUAACCUCAACCAUGGGGGACUCUUCGGGGGGCGAGGGCCCCCCGACGGUUAGUGCAGCACAAGAAAAUGACAGUUUAUCCAAUGAUUCUCAAAAUCGUCCGUUGAACGCCAUUAUUUGUAACAUUUUGCCACCGGAUUGCAAAAAAACUGCUGAAGAUAUUUCCAGGCCCCAGUAUUUUGAUGUGCCCUCAGGUGAAGAGUUGUCAAAGUUAUCGGCAGAGAUCCAGAUUAUCAAGAAUCAGUUCGAGCAAGACGCUGAAAUCCUGCGGGAAGUUGCCAAAAUCUCCGCAAACAUAAGAAGGACAGUAAAUCGGAAAACAAAAUAUGAAAUCACCGACCAGGGGCCUUUUAUGGUGAUUCUGGAGGGGAUUACAAGUAAGGUGGGGACUCUUCAUCCUAUGAACUUUGGGAAGUUACUUCAAGCGCAGAAAGUUCAAGGUAUAUUGAAAAUUUCUAGAAAAGGAGCCAAUAAAAUCGGUUUGGAGUUUAACACCUCUGAGUCUGCAAAUAAAUUUUUAUCUAAUGAAACAUAUUCGACAGCUGGUGGGUAUAAUAAGUAUAUACCUCAAAGACUAGUCACUUGCCGAGGGUUGGUGAGGGACAUUGGUGACUUAAUUGAUGAGGAUGAUUUUUACUCUGAGGCAGAAGCCAAGGUUAACAUCGGAAGAUCGCUAAAGCGCGUUAAGAUUGUUAAUGUUCGCAGACUAACUAAAAGGGUCAAAUGCCCAGGUGUUCUGCCUGGCACUUUUGGUUUCAAGACAGUUCCAUCUAAUGAUUAUAUAAUAACAUUUGAUGGUAAAACUCUCCCAGAAUCAAUCAGUAUCUAUAAAAAUGAGUGUUCAAUCGAAAAAUAUGUUAGUCCUGUUGUCUUAUGUAUGAAUUGUUGCAGGUUUGGUCAUUGGAAAAACCAAUGUAAAAGCAAGGGUAGAUGUAGUUUCUGCGCUGGAGAUCAUCCAGUAUUUCAUUGUGAACUGAAAGAACAGUUUUAUAAGAAGAAACCAUGCCCGACAGACCACUUAAAUCAUGAAGGCUCUCAUCAGGCCACUGAUAGAUCAUGUCCGGAAAUGGACAGACAGAAGAAAAUCAAUGAGGCUAUGGCAUGGUACAACUUAUCCUUUUUUGAAGCGGCCAAACUCUUUCCAAGAGGCCCCAAAUCAAGUGAGUUUAAUCGCUCUAAUGAAAAUUUCCCUCCUAUUCAUAACACGGUUGCCCCCGUCUCUCAGCCUUCCCCUAGAUCUGCUUCUAAAACCUAUUCUGUCAUAGCAAAAAAGCGUAAGUCCCCCCAAAUAGAAUCAGGGUAUGAUAGGGACGCCCACAGGGAUUGUCUCGUGCCGCCGUUGACUAGGCAGAAGUUGAAUCACACUAGCAAAAGUCAAUCUUCUCCCUCAUAUUUAAAUGAUUUAUCGUCAGAGUCCGAGAUGGACACUGCUUCUCCAGGGGUUUCCUCCUCUGGUGAAUUUUGGUAUCGGUUUGAAAAUUUAAAGAAAAAAGUCUUGUCCAAUAUACCCAGUAAAAGUGCUUACCAUGAAAUUGAGAGUCUUUUUGACUCCCUGCCUCCUCCCGGAGGAUGCAGGUUUUAAUAUAUGAAUGUUCCCAGAUCGACAGUCAAAUCUUUCUGUUAAAAUUAGUAAUCUCUCAAUUAUUCAUUGGAACACUUGCGGUAUUAGAAGUAAUUGUGAUAGUAUUAUUAGACUUAUUCGUGACUUUGGUCCGGAUAUAGUCAUGAUUAAUGAAUCUUUUUUACUCCCAUGGGAAGAGACAUUUAUAAUUACCGAUGCCUCUAAGGGACCAGAUGAUAGAGUUGGCUUUGGAGUAUUUAUUCCGUUUCUCAAUGUUAGGGUCGGGCAUGGGUUGAAUAGCGCGUUUUGUAUUUGCUUUGCAGAAAUGGUAGUUAUUAGUUACGCCCUAGAUCUUAUAUUAGAUUAUAAUAUUAAACAGGCAGUAGUUGUCUCCGAUUCCAAAAGUGCCCUGCAGAGCUUCGGAUGCAGUGCGGUUGAAGCUUCCAACAGCUACAUUUUACUAGAUAUUAAAGCAAAGAUUGAUAUUUUAAAGCGCAGACUUGGGGGGAAAAUCCGAAAAAUCGACAUUUAGAACUUCUGAGAUUAGUCUCCUUCGCUGGAGAAGAUCCGAAAAUCCUCGACAUUUGGAACUUUAAAGUUUAGUCUCCUUCGCUGGAGAAGAUCUGACAAUCCUCGACAUUUGGAACUUCAAAAAUCAGUCUUCUUCGCCAGAGAAGAUACGAAAAUCCUCGACAUUUAGAACUUCAAUAUUCUGUCUCCUUCCUGGAGAAGAUCCGAGAAUCCUCGACGGAAGUCGGCAAUGGGCGAAUGAUCCUGGUAGUCGUGCCCAACAGUUAUCUGUGAAACGCAUCAUUGAACUUGAACUUG